GAUGUUUCCGAUCGGGAUUUGUGAUGGGGUUUUGCUUCGCUGUGACGCGUUCUGCGCUGCGGAUACGGAAAGGCGAAGAUUAAUCACGCAGUAGAAUAGUUGAGGCUCCCUCCUUCUCUCCCUCCACUGCUGGCUCUGUUGGGCAGCGGGCGAUGGUAGUGUUGUUGUUGUUGUUGUUGUUGUCGGACAAGCAGACGAAUCUCCUUGCGCAAAGCAGUGCCGUAUUCACGUUCUUCUUGCUCAUCUAGUCCAGUUUCUUCAAAUGCAUAGUUCUUGCGAAGUAUUUCGUUCAAAGUGUGUUCUUUUCCAAAGGCCCCUCUCGGUGUGAAGCACGGAGCAUUCGCUGCUGUUUGUGAGUGUAUGAGUGUGUUGGUGUGUUUUGUGUAGCUGUGUGCGUCUGUGUUUGUACAAUGCGAGCAAAUGAUUGCAAUGUUUUCAAUCGCUAAGACAAUAAUGGCGACCGCUGCUUAGUGAUUACGUCCUCGCGAUUCAGCGCCCAGUCAAGUGGUGGACGUUUUUCCAUGCCCGUGUUUCAUCCGCACCCCAACGUCAGCAGCUUCCGGUAGCACGGUGAACGGGAAAUGAUUCAUUCCAGCCAGAUAAUCGAACUACAACGAGCAGCAAGAAGCUGAAAAUUACCAUCAGAGCACAGCACGGACGGUUUUUGUUUUGACUUUGUUCGGCCCCCUCCCGUUUUACGCUUUUCGCCGUCAGCUGUCAUAUCGGUGUGUCUUUUUGGUGUUUCUAGUGCGAUGUAAAUUGCGCACCGCCCGUACAAAGGAAAGUUAGGUGGAAAAAGUAUUUGGAUGGGAGUGAAAAUCGCAUUCGCCAACUAGCGGAAGAAACAUACACACAAGCAAUAGUGUGUGGAUAUCAAUCAGGCUCGUUGCUUGGCCUUGCUGCAGGAUCGCGAAUAUACACACACACCCCCCAAUCAACCACCAUCGGUAAUGGGAAAUACUAAAUCGUGAAUGUGCAUUCCAUCUAUUGUUGCUUCCGGUUUGCAACUGUGCAAAGCAAAAGGUGAACGUUUCCUGCCCCUCCCCGCAUAAAAGACGCAUGUGAAGACAAUCGUGCCGCGAAAACCACUAACCCUCCGCGAUCCUCCUCUGCUUCCCGUACCUGAUACGCUGGCCUCUAGCCUGAUCUUGUGUUCCUUCGAUGCCGGCUAGCUGAAGUGUGACCGUUAGACAUGAUCAGCACCAUCAUCAUCAUCACUCUCCUAGAGCCGGACAGGCACUAGAGAGCUGUGAACGCUGGUGCCGUUCACCCUUCCCCCCCGAUACCCAAAGGGACGGCCGCGUGCCGCGUGAAAAGGAAAAGACAGACGAGCGAGCGCGUACGCGUUAAACCGACCCUAGCGCAAAAGGGUAUCACAGACGGUGGACGGCAGGGGAGGCGACCGUGUACUCCAGGGGCACAAACCCUGAGUCGUGCGGGAGCUAUAUAUAGAGUACGAAUCGCGAUUAUCGGGUUUGUUUUGGGGCCCAUCGUCGCAAAGCAUUAUCGCAAACGUUUCGGUGGAUUGAACAUGCUGCCGCAGUCGAUGAUAAUGGUGAAGGGCGGGUGCGCGCGUUUGCCGAUGAAUCGGGCUCCGCACCGAUCGCCGAGGUUCGUCCAUCGGCAGUACCAUCAUCGGCUGUUGAUGCUGGUCGCCAUGGUCCUGAUGUUGGCGCAGCCCUGCGUACGAGCGGACAUACUCGUCUAUCAGAUGCUGAACGAUCAGAUCAUCGAAGAGUUUCGUGACCUUCCAGCCACGUUCGGCGGCGAAAUUCCCGACUCGGGGCUGAAGGUACUGGCGGACAAGGCGGACCCACCGGACGGUUGUACCGAAAUGCGCCCAGCGCCGAAUAUAACUAGCAAGUUUGCGGUAGUAAUCGCACGCUACAACUGUUCGUUCGAGGUGAAGGUACGGAACGCUCAACAGGCUGGCUAUGCCAUGGUUAUCGUUCACAAUGUGGGCAGUAAUGAUUUGGAGCACAUGUCCGCCAACCAUCCGCAAGAUCUGCUAAUACCGUCCGUGUUUGUGGGCGAAUCAGCUGGACGCAGCAUCAUCGAGGCGUACCUGUACGAUCACGACUACGCACUGGUCAUAACCGAUGACAUCCCGUUCAACAUUAGCAAUAAUCUGAUUAUUCCAUUCGCCAUCGUUGUUGGGCUGUGCUUUAUCAUUAUGCGUGUCUUGCAGGUGCUGUUCAUGAUCAUUCGCUGCAUUCGUGAGCGACGACGGCGGAUGCGCCACCGGUUACCUGCCCGCGUGCUGCGCAAGAUCGGCAUCGUAAAGUUCGCAAAAGGGAUGCGCUUCGACACGUGCGCCAUCUGUCUGGAGGACUUUGUCGAGAACGAGCGACUGCGUGUGCUGCCCUGCCGGCAUGCUUAUCAUGCGAUCUGCAUCGAUCCAUGGUUGACGAAGAACCGGCGCGUUUGCCCCAUCUGCAAACGGCGGGUAAUUGUGCGCGGCGAGGCACGCCAACGUCGCUACUCCAGCGACAGCAUGUCGUCGACGAAUGCGGACGAAUCGACACCACUGCUCAACUCGACCGAAAACAGUACUUCGGGUAGCGCUGCCGGUGUGGUUACCGCACCACCUGCUACAUCGUCUUCCAGUCCGGUCACUGCUGCGGUUCCACCCUCGGGUAACAGUGGUGCCGGGGCGCAAACAGCAGCUGCUGCUGCACCGCAGCGUGAUCAGCAGCAACUGCAGCAGAAUGCCGCUCCCGACAGUCACGUGAUGGAGGUACCACCUUCUGACGACGACGAUGAGAUGCUGGACGAUCGGAAUGUACCGAGUGCGCGCUGGCUGUUGCGUGGCCGUACUUCCUCCCAGCAGCAGCAUCAGCAGCAGCAGCAACCGCAACAGCAACCCCUUAAUGAGUCUCCAUAUAGUCCGAUCGGUGACAAUGUGGUUACUCCUUCCCGUUGGAGGUUUUUCCAAAGAUUUUUUACCAGAAGUACGGCGCAAAGCGAUACCGAAGGCAGCAACAUACAGGAACCGCCGGCAGCGGCGCAAGCAUCGUCACCCCAACCGUUCAGUCCCACCGUGCCGCUCGGCACGGGUAACAACAUCCUCAAUGCGCACCUGUCCGGUUCGUUCCACGGCUCGGAAGACACGACCGACGACGAGCUGCUCGAUGCAAUGCAGCGCGACCGGACCAAGCAGCGCCAGUUCCGCUCGGCACCGGACAUGCCCUCGACCAGUGUCGGCGCGCGUCUCGGGGUGGCCGCACUGCCGAACGUUAACUUCAACCCGGCGGUUGGUGGCGCAAACGCGCCGACAGCACCGGCAGAGUCAACGUCCGGUGCUGGUGCCCCGAGACGGUACCGCCGCCAACCGAUGCCCCGGCAUGAGCGUAAACGUAAUGGCAACAACAAUAGCCAUAUUGUGUAAAUACGUGCCUAACCGAACGUGGCGUGACCCCUGGAGUGGCUGCGACGUUCGGAGGAUGGUGGUACACACACACACGCGUGAUUCGGUGUGCUAUAGCGUUUUUCUUUUCUUCUUUCUCUCCCGGGUGCGGACCACUCCGCCCGAACCCCGCACCACGAGGGAGGAAAGUUUGGAAGGGUUAUUUUAGGAAAUCUUUUAAAGGGGAUGGAGCGCGUUCAGCCGAAUGAAGCGAACGCACUACGGAUACCUAAAUAAUCAUUAUCAUCAAGAAUCCCCCCCCCCCUCCUGCAUAAUGUGCGCGACCAUAUUGAUGUCGCUUACACACGUGAUAUAGAGUACAUAUAUGUAAGCAUAACACAACAAAAAAACAACAAGUAAGCUGGCCAAGAUUUUGUUCCUUUUCCGGGGAGUUGUCCCUUUUUUCGAAGGCAAGAUCGUGGUAGAGGUCCGGGCCAAACUGUCGCCAGCAAUGCAAUGCAGCAUCACAACCCUCAUCCAUCCAGCCGUCAGUUAUCUUGUCCAAUCCGCGAACAUUCCCCGGGGGGGAAGGCAGAUAUCGCUCGAAUUGCGUGUCACAAAACACAACACACUCACACAUAAUAUUUUUUUUUUGUAACAGUAGUGCAAUGCACCACGUGUGUGUGUGAUGUGGGCCGCGUUGUGGUCGGUGUUCGGUUGCAGGCUGUUCGUGAGCCCGUUGCAUUGCGUUGUUGUUGUCUCUGCUUGUCUUGCAGGCAUCCAGUAGCCCGGUGUGGCCGCUUGCUGUUGAAAUAAUUUACCUUAUUUACCAUUUAAACGUAUAGUCAUUCGUAUAUUAAUCGUUUUUUUUCUCUUCAUUUUACUAACGGAACUGAGAGCAGAGUAGUAGAGUGAGUAGAUCGAAACAAUCGAAUAGAUAGUAGUGUGCGCCCACCAAUCGUGUGCUUGUGUGUGCUCUGCUUGUAUUUGCGAGCAGAACAGUAAUCAGUUUGUGUACCCUCCCAGCAAAAGAGUAAGUUUGCGCGCAGUGUGUGAUUUUGACACACAUGUGAUUUUGAAUUAUUAGAGCGAUGUUUUGUUUGUUUUGUUGUACAAAGAACAAACAAGCACCACGGUAAGGACAAGAUAUACCGGACAGUUCCAAGAGCUGUUCCGAUAUGUACUAUCUUCCUUGGACCCCUUCCUCCGGCACGGAUUUGCCGUACAGCGUUUUUGUUUUUUGGCUAAAGAGCGAAGGAAAGCAAUAGAGAGAGAUCCCUAUUUUUAGUUGCUAACCACAUUGUGCAAACGGCGCGUAAAGGUAGGGAGUUGGGAGUAGCUGGCACAGCGGUACUCAUGAUAAUUAAGGGUCGCCACACAUUUUGUUUUUGUUUUCCGGUUUUGCGUCCACUCUCAUCAUAGUUCGAACCGCGACUUGUACUACCACGGCGUUAGGGAAAAUAUUUGAUAGAGAGAGGUAUUUAGAGGUAGUGAGGAAAUAAAAUAGAAACCCCGAACUAUCUGCGUAAUCCAUAUAUAUGUAUGUGUGUGUGUGCAUUCGGACUUAUACUGUGGGAUGUGCAUCGGUACUAUGAACAGGAUUAGUUCGGUAGGCUAAUUUCGACGCAUUCGUUUAUCUAAUCCGGACGAUACACGAGCGCAGACAGUGAACUCUCACGCUGAAGUGGAAUCAUGAACGUUCUCUCAAGAAAAGGAAAGGAAGCGAGCGAGCCUUUAUAGUGAAAUAGCCGGAGCAGAAGGAGAAGCUUGCGUUUCUUCGCUCACGGAGAACGGAGAAAAUGCACUAUUGUAAACCAGAUUAUCCCGCGCUAGAUGAGAAAAGGAAGAAUAAACUGUACAAUAUAGUUGAA